GAUUAUUCUUACUUAAUAUUAAUGCAGGUCCUUCUGACGAAAAAAGAAAAAGAGGAAAAACUUUGAUGCCAAGUGUUCAUGGUAGGAAAGAGCGCAAACUAAUUGUGCUAAACGAGAACAAUCAACCCAUAGGUCCUACUGGUGAUGUUGUAGCAGAGUUGGGUAGCUUCCUCGGCACAUUGGCAAGGAAUGCCGCCUUUUGUCCUCUUAAUGUGUUUAAUUGGAGAAAACUUCAAACAAAAGAAGAUAUGUGGAUAUAUAUCAAGGGAAAAUAUGAUAUUCCUGAUGCUGCAAAAAGGUGGGUUUUUGAUUCAAUUCAGAAUGCUUGGAGAAAGUAUAAGAAUCAACUAUUUAACGACCAUUAUAAACCAUAUGAGAAUGACGAGCUUCGAAUGGAGAAAAGGCCGGUUGAUGUUCCUGAAUCUCAAUUUAGGGAUCUUCUUAAUUAUUGGAACUCUGAUGCCUACAAGAAAAUGUCCCAAACCAAUACCGAGAAUCGCAAAAAGUUAAAAUAUCCACACACUGCUGGCAAACAAAGUUUUGCUCGAAUACGCGAGGAAAAAAAGAAAGAAACUUGUGAGCCUCUAUCAAGCAAGGACCUAUUUGUGGCUACGAGAAAAAGAAAAGUUGAUCGAGUAUACAAGGCCUCGUAUGCAGAUACUCUUAAUAAAAUUGGUGAAAUGGAAAGACUACAAUCAACACAAGAAGGUGAAGAUGGUAGUCAACCAGUUGAUGCAUUUGCAUCAGUCAUGGGACCUGAGCAUCCAGGUCGCCUAAGAUUGUAUGGACGUGGGGUUACCAAGACUUCCUUAAAAAGAAAAGUGGGAGAUUUGGGACCCUCAAGUUCUAAUGAUGAGGUGAUGCAGCAAAAAUUGGAGGAAAUGGAAGAAAGGACACAGCAAAGAUUGCAGGAAAAGUUCAAUGCACAAAAAGAUGCCAUGGAACUACAAGUUGCAGUUAAAAUCAUUUCACAACUUAAGCAUCUGAAUCCAGAUUUACGGGUUGAUCCCAACAUGCUAGGUUUCAAUGCUCGUUCACCUGGAGAAGCUUCCUCUGCCCAACAAGCUGUUGUGCAACUAAUAAAUCGCCUAUCUACUGGGAGUAAUAAUCAAGCUGCUACAUCAACUACUGGUUCCUGGACUGUUUCAGCUUCUUUCUCGGUCUCACGCUGA